AAACAAUUAAUCUAAUAAAAAAAAUAAUUGUAUUCAAAAAAAACUAUGUCUAAACUAUUGUCAAUUAUAUCACUAUCGAUACUACUAUUGGUUCAAUUGAUGGCCAACUUAAGUGGCCAACAGUUUGACGACAACAUUAUGACCGACAUUGAUGUUGAAGACAUCGACAUCUACGAUGAGGUCCGACACUCGCGUGAUUUCAACGGCAAAGUAGUACUGGUCAGCGGCUCGUCCAACGGUAUCGGCGCACAAAUUGUCAAACUAUACUCGGCAUUGGGUGCCAGUGUUGUGGUCACCGGGCGUAAGGCCGACGAGAUUCAUAAGACGGCACUUGUCGUACAGGAAUUGUCACCGAAAAAACUUAAGCCAUUAGAAUUUAUAGCCGAUUUGGCCAAACAGGAUGAUUUGGCCAAACUAUUGAACGAAACUAUUCGGGUAUUCGGCAAACUAGAUAUACUGGUCAACAAUGCCGGCCAUUUUGAAACGGCCGGUUUGUUUGAACCGAAUUUCCAGAAAUCGUUAGACUAUUUUGAACAUAUGGACAUCAAUGGUAAUAUCCAAUUGUCCCGAUUGGCUGCACCCUAUUUGGCCAAAACCCGGGGCAAUAUAGUUACCAUUACUACCGUUCAAUUGGAGCGUAUUCAAAUCUUGCAAAUGGGUUAUCAAAUAUCUAAAGCAGCGUUGGAUGUAAUGACCAAAGUUUUGGCCCUCGAGUUAGCCGAACAGGGAGUUCGUGUCAAUUCAGUCAGUCCGGGUAUUAUCAUUGCCCGACCCGAUCUCUGGGAUCCGAAGAAAUCCGAAGAAAUGUUCAAUCAUACGGCCCGACACACACCACUGGGCAGAGCUGGUCUGCCCAUCGAUAUCGCCAAAGCUGUCGUAUUUUUGUCGUCAUCCGAGGCCACCUAUAUUACUGGCCAUAGCCUGAUAGUCGAUGGCGGACUCAAAUAUAAUAUGGAUUCAAAUUUUGUUAACAAAUGGUUGCGAUAAUUAUCCGAUAAAAUUAAAAAAAAAUAAACAAAAAAUA